UUAAAGCAAUCUAUAAAAAGUAAAACCAAACCAGAGAAAAGUAACACCACUUAUUAAAUUAUUACAAAAAUAAUGUGCCGUGUUAGUCAAAGAACACCUUCUUCUUCAUCUCCUUUUUUGAAUAAAAUAACCAAUUGAGUUAAUGCAUAUGUAUUCUUCUUCAUAUUCUUAGUUCUCUCUCUCUCUCUUUCAAUAAUCUGUUCUACACAAAACAGCUCAAGAAAGCUUCUUCAAAAGCCUUAUUCUUCGUUUGCUUCCAUUCUCUACUAAUGGGUUCUUGCCUCAGCUCUCGUGUUGACCAUAAGAGCAGUAGUAGUCUCGACGACCUUCACCUCUCGAGUUGUCAAUCAUCCUCCUCGGCGGCUGAUAAGAGAGAAGGAGAGAUACUUAGCAAAGCAAACGUUAAGAGCUUCACCUUCAGCGAAUUAAAACUCGCAACCAGAAACUUCAGACUAGACUCUGUUGUCGGAGAAGGCGGUUUUGGUUCUGUAUAUAGAGGUUGGAUCGAUCAGACAACUCUCACUCCAACUAAAUCGAGCUCCGGUCUUUUAGUUGCUGUCAAGAGUCUUAACCCUGAUGGCUUUCAAGGUCACCGAGAAUGGCUGACAGAGAUCAACUACUUGGGACAGUUAAGUCACCCAAACUUAGUUAAAUUGAUUGGUUAUUGCUUGGAAGAUGAACAUAGGCUUCUUGUGUAUGAGUUUAUGCACAAGGGUAGUCUUGAGGAUCAUCUCUUCACAAAUGAUGUGAAGCGUAAGCCGCUCUCUUGGUUAUUACGGGUUAAGGUUGCGCUUGAUGCAGCUAAAGGGCUCGCGUUUCUUCAUAGCGACUCUGUUAAAGUAAUAUACCGAGACAUCAAGGCCUCGAACAUCUUGCUCGACUCGGACUUCAAUGGAAAACUUUCAGACUUUGGGUUAGCUAGGGACGGUCCAAUGGGAGAAACAAGUUAUGUUAGUACGAGGGUCAUGGGUACAUUUGGCUAUGCCGCUCCUGAGUAUGUGUCAACAGGUCACUUGAAUGCCAAAAGCGACGUAUACAGUUUUGGGGUUGUGCUUCUAGAAAUACUAUCUGGAAGGCAAGCAUUGGACCAUAGCCUCCCGACCAAGGAGCAAAACCUUGUGGACUGGGCACGACCGUACCUCACAAGCAAGCGAAAAGUUCUACUAAUGGUGGACACUCGUAUUAACUCACAGUACAAACCCGACGAAGCAGUGAGAAUGGCAAGCAUUGCUGUGCAGUGCAUCUCGUCUGAACCAAAGUCACGACCAACCAUGGACCAAGUGGUCCGAGCCUUGAUACAACUGCAGGCAAGCAUGGUUUAACAGGCCAAAGUUGACGCAAAGUAAAGACACCAAAAGACUCGUGGGAUUGUAGUAGGUAGAUAGAGAUGUGGUAACUUCCUGUGGUUAAGUCUCAUGUCUCCUCGUGUGAUGUAAUAUUCCUCAUUGCUUCCACGAAACAAACACUUAGGCUACAUGAUAUGUUUUGAAAGAAGAUGCCCCACAAUUCUUUUCUUCUUUCAAAACUCCUUAUUGUAUCCAAUGUCCUGCAGCUCCUGCCUAUAGAUUCUUUCUAGGAAAUAUUUUGAGUUGUACUCUCUGUGAUUUUUUUUAAUUAAAAUUCGACUCUAUAUAUAAAAUAUAUCAAUUUUCUCGGGAAAA